GGUAGAUAUUCGGGUUCCACAGACAGCACAGGUGUGGCGGAUCUCUUUUCCGGUUCAAACCAAACAUCCAGAAGAACUUCCUGUUAUCAUGGCGUCUUUAUGGGAUGACUUGGACAGUCUUGUGAAUACCCCUUCCUCGUUCACAGCAACAACUGGGGAGAGAGGAACCAUCAAGCCUGCAGCAAACUUCAAUGCAGGAGAGGAUGCUGAGGCUCUGAAGGAUGCCAUUGAAGGCCUUGGAACCAAAGAGAAGACUCUGAUCGACAUUUUGACCCAUCGUAGCAGCGCUCAGAGGCAGCUCAUCUGUGAAGCCUAUCAGGGAUCCACCAGCAGAGCGUUGGUGGACGACCUGAAAGGAGACACCAGCGGGGACUUUGAGGAUCUGCUGGUGGCGCUCGCCACCCCGCCUGCUGCCUACGACUGCCAUGAAGUGAUGAGGGCCAUGCAAGGAGCCGGGACAGCAGACAGCGUCUUGAUUGAAAUCUUUGCCUCCAGAUCCAACCAACAGAUCAAAGCUCUCACCGACGUCUAUCUGGAGGAAACCGAGAAGAAGUUGAGCCUUGACAUGAGGGAUGAAGUUUCCGGAGACUUUUCCACAGCGCUGCUCCUCCUGGCCGAGGGCACAAGGGACGAGAACACCACCGUCGAUACGGAGAAAGCAAACGCAGACGCUAAGACCCUCUACGAAGCUGGGGAGGAGAAGUGGGGAACCGAUGAAUCUAAAUUUGUUGACAUCCUCUGCCAGAGAAGUAUACCUCAACUGAGACAAACUCUGGUUGAAUACAAGAACAUCAGUGGAAAGACUCUGCAGCAGAGCAUCGAGGGAGAGAUGUCGGGGGAGCUGGAGGAGCUGCUGGUGGCUAUAGUGAAAUGUGUGAAGAGCGUCCCGGCCUACUUUGCAGAACGCCUGUAUGAGAGCAUGAAGGGUGGUGGAACAGACGAGUCCACUCUGAACCGGAUCAUGGUGAGCCGGUCUGAGAUCGACAUGCUGGACAUCAGAGCCGAGUUCAAGAAGCUCUACGAGUACUCGCUGCACUCCGCCAUCAAGUCUGAUUGCGGAGGGGAAUAUAAAAAGACUCUGAAAAAACUUUGUGGAGGAGACGAUGAGUAACGUCGACAUGUUGUCUCUAUUAGAGGAAACAACUCCCUGAACUCACACAUGGACUUUAUUUAUUGGGGAAAGAACCAAAAAAAAAGAACUAUAAUGAACAUUUAUUGCAUUCAUGCUUUAUUGGUGUUACUUUUCUUCUGCCUGAUAAUCCUCCAAAUAUAGAAGAUGAUUAAAAAAACAACAGUACUGGGCGGUAAAAGUAGCUGAAAGUAAAGUUUAUUUCUAUAAUAUAAGAUACUAAUGUCCAACUAUUCAUGUUUGUUCAUUGUGUUUUAAAUGAUAUCAGAAGGCUUAAAUUAUUAUUCAGUAUAAUUCGCCGAUGGAUUAAAACGUAAUUAAUUAAAAAGUUGAUACAGUAUCAUAAUUUGAAUUAUAUAAUUCCUAUUAUUUAUAAAGUAGUCUGUGCUUAUGUUCUUUCCUAUGUUUUCUUUCUUAUUGCCAUCAACCUGCCGGAUGACAAUCAGCCUGUAAGGACAAAUUUACAUGAUGGAUUUAAGUGCUCAUGUUUAUUAAUGUGCAUUAACUGUUCUUCAGUAAAAUAAACAUUAAACCUAUAAACAUUACACAGCAAAUCAGCUGAAAUCUUAAGAAACUACUCUACGGGAAAUCUUACAUUUACACAAAGAAAGAUAAUUAUUGUGGCAUUAUUAAAUGAAUAAGUUAUUUAUAUUUAGAAGGAUUUAAACUAUUUAUUUCCCUAUAAUUAGCUUUAAAUAACUUAUUUCUUUAAAGGGAAAUUACAGAAAAAUAUGUGUACAUUACUGCCCCAUAAAAUAAAGCUACAUAUACAACUAUAAAAGACUAAUUAAAAGUGAUUAUGACAUUAAAAGUCUGUUGAAAUAAGGUUUAGGAGGCAGCGUGUAGUGUGUAUUUCGAAGAAAAAUUAAAUAUCUUCAUAUUUCAUCUUUAUAAUCAUCUUAUUCAGUUCUUCACUCUUCUGUCUUCUUCUUGUAUCUUUGUAAC